GUACGCCAUUGCGCGCCAAUUUGCGCAUAAAACUCUUGACAGGGAGAGAGAGAGAGGCGACAAUGGUGAUGCUAUGCUUCGUGUUGGAUCUGCGGAAUUUAUCGCCUUCGAUAAUUCGACUGUUGAAGCAGUCACUUUUGCAGCUGGCAAAUUUCUACGCUAUUUCAGAUCCGAUCGGUGAGCAACGGCGGCGGAAACCCCUCAUUGGUCGGAUCGGCCUGUGCUAUCUCGUCAAGGACAGAAUUUCUUGUUCCGAUGAGCUGAAGGUCGCGUAUUAUCCAAAAGGAAACUUCUGCCUCCGUGAUUUUCACCAUGCUGUCAACUGCUUGCCUGUGGAUGCCUUUCUGCCUGAGCUCAAUGAUUCUGGAGCUCUUUCUUGUUCUGAUGUGAAACUUGCAAGCAUCCUGAACAAUGAAGUUUUACACUCAAGUUGUGGUCAAGAGAAAGACAUUGCAAGAAAAGUGAUACUGAUCAGCUCAUGUGUGGUUGGAAAUCUAGAUUCUGUCAAGAAAGAAGUGCUUAUGGAAGCAGCUGAAAACUAUAUUUCUGUUGAGUUUUUAUAUCUGGAGCAAGAAUCAUGCCUUCCCAGUGAUUUGUCUGAAAAUAUCAGCAAUUUUGUGAAGCACAUUUCUGAUCUUGAGAAUUGUUCGUUCCGGGUCUAUCUGCCAGAUACACAAGUAUUAUGGGGCCUGGUAAAACAGUGGCUAAAGGAAUUGAAGGAUGACUUGGACGAACCGUUACAAGCUCAUUUAAUCUUCAAGAGCAAUAUUUUUGGCUCUCUAGACCAAAUAUCCUGCAAUCUGUAUGCAUCUGUCAAUUGCAUAAUUGAUGAGUUCAGUUCCUGCCAGACAUGCAGAUGUCAUGGCAUCCCAUUAGAUGAUGGUCCUGUAAAACAAAUCAAGAGGCCUUCUUCUUGUCCAGUUACAGGAAAUGUUCUGGAGUCAUCGGAUUUGAUUGAAAACUCUGUCAAGGUUGGAGAACAGACAAUUCUGUUUCUACCUUCAUUCAAAAACUGUGCAGAGUUGCAACAUUUUUCUCUGCCCGUUGCACUGAAUGUUAUUGAAAGGACUAGCCUGGGGUCCCUGAGCGAAGGGGUUAUUGCAGGAGCUUCCUUUAUUGUGACUCCAUCAGCUUUUCAUGAAUCUGAUGACAAUGAUAAGUUGGAAAUAAACACUCAAGUAUUUCAAGGACUUUGCAGCGUACUACACUCCCUUGACCAAGGUUUGGUUUGCACUUCAAGAUGUAAUGUAGAAACUAUGAAAGAAGCUCUCUUCCACUGCUAUUAUAUUCUUCUACCUUCAGAGAAGGGACUGAUGCUUCUGAGGCGACUCGCAGGAUCAGAAGAAGUUAUGUCUUUCCCAGAUGCUGGUCAAUUAAUGGGUUCUUCAGCAGCAGUCGAGAUUGAGAACUCCAUUAGAGCGUCUUUGCAGAAGAUGGGAUUAAGAGACUAUAAUCCAUUCUUACAUGAGAGAGGCUUCCAUCAAAAACUAAAUCUGCUUGUAAAGGAGAGCUUACAAUUUGGGUCAGCGCAUCCCAAUUUGAAAGACGCAACUUCUGAGCCAAAGACAAUCUUGCUUGAUGCAUGGGAAGAGGCUGCACCAUCAGCAGCAAAACUUAUAGUUGUAGAAGAGGAGGUCCCAGAAUCCAAUCUUAAAGUGGGAGAAGACCAAGUUUCAGCUCGUGUUACAGAAGAAUGGGAACAGCUGAUCAUCAGCAAAGCCCCCAAGAUUUGUUCUCCUACAUGUACUUCCAAACCGAGGUUGGAUCAAGCCGUCUUAUCACCACAAGAUGGUAGCAGGCAACUGGAUGAAAAAACAUCUAGAAUACUGGAGAGGUUAGAGGUCCCGAGACAGUUGAAAAGAAAGACACCUCUUCUCAAAAGCAACUUCACUGCAGAAGAGCGCGCGCCAACUAAGGUGCCUCUCAUACCAUUCCAGCCCACUGACCAAUGCUCAACACCCAUCCAGCCAAUGAAACCCAAUUUCCAAAAGCUAAAAAGAAAGCAAAGAUGAACAGGACAGUCAUCGUGAACUUGGUGAGAUCUCUGUCUUCUGUCAUACAUUUGUUUCCAACUAUUUUUAGCAUUACUAAUUACUGGGCUAGCAUAAAACAAACACAACCUAGUAACUAGUAACACGGGAGUGUUUGCCAGAAACAGAAUUUGCUGACACUUGACCUGACACACAUUGUAGCUAAAAAACACAAUUUCUUCUUUCCAGCAAUAAGAAGCCAUUGCCAUCUCUUAGAUGUUCUUCACUUAA